AUGUCUUCUUCACUUGCUAUUGAAACCUUAAAUAGUAUCCAACUAAAAGAAUUAAUAGAUAACAGAAAAUCAUAUACAAAAACUUACAGAGUUGAUGAGAAUGCCUUUGAAUAUGUGAAAAGUAUGACUGAUGAGAAUAUGAAGGAAGACAACGAAGUGGAAAUUAGUUUGAUUGCUAAGUUGUUAAAUGCAGAUAAAAAAAGUUUAAAAGGAACGUUCAAAUCUGGAGAAGUAUAUUGCGAAUGUGGAAGAAAAAUUUGCUUCUCCGAUUUUAUCUAUACAAUUAUUGAAAGAAAAAUUCAUGAUAAAGAUAAAAUUGCAAAAGUGUUAAAAGGAGAAAGCGGAAUUUGGAUGACUGUUGCGGGCAAAAAUGAAAAAAGAAGUGUAAAAUGUUACCAAUGUGGUAAAGAUAACGAAUAUGUAUCUCAUAACUAUACGAGCGGAAAUUACAC